ACGUCCUUUUGAAACAAGCUGGUCUGACAGAGCAACAAUAUCAGUGUGCAGUAGUCGGUUGCAACUCUUUGUAUGUUUUCAUGUAAUUACUACAGUUCUCAACGCAAAUGAGCAUAAUUAUUUGAAGGACAGCAGUAAAAUAGUAUAAAUUCUGUUGAAGAUCGGUAAUCGUAAAGUCAGACGCAUAUUUUUAACUCGAUCCUUUACAACCAGCCAACCUGUUGUCAUCCUUAGACGUUCAGUUUCAGUUGCUCCGUUGUAGAACCAAAUCGCUGAAAUGACUUAUCCUUCGUCGGAUUCUUCGGCUCAACUUUUGUUUAAUGUGGCAGGCAACAAUAACAAGAUACCUGGCAAGGUGUUCACGGAUGUGAAUAAAUCAACCCAGUUUAAUUUAGAACUGGAUUCCCGCAUCGAUAGACACCAAAGUAAGAUUCAUGUUACGCUCACGUACUUAUCUGACCUAAAAACGAUGCUAGACAUUUGCCAAGAUCAAAGGCAUGCGACAUCACCGCAACAUGCUUUCUUUUACUCCGAAGACUUAUCGGCACGUUAUGACUGGGAGGUACCUAUGGAAGUGAAGAAAAAUCCCCCAACCAUGUUCUAUCCGGUAACAGAAACCAUGGUUUUAAAAUUCCCGUGUCUGACUUCUUGCCAUGGCAAGAAGCGCCUAUUUCUCGUGUUCAGAUUAUACGAUGGCGAACACAAAAUUCUAGCAAAAAAGGAGAUUGAAAUUAAGGUCAUAAAUAACCCAACGACUCGGGAAAAUGAUGCGGCAAAAGCAUUGCUGCUUUCGGAAUCGAAACCGGCAUCAGAAGCCGGUAGCAGCAGCCUAGGAAAACGCAAAAGUCAGUCGGGUAGGUCUGUCACUGGAGGAACAGAAGUUUUUCUUAGCUUUGAGAAAAAACAAAUACCCGAUAUUCAACGAAUUCUGCGGGAAACUAUGGAACCUGCUUUUAAAAUCGCUAACACCGAAGUGCGUAGAACCAUGGAAACGUGCAUGGAUAAGUUUAUGCAGCAAAUAGCUGCUGCGAAUCCCACUACCGAAGGAAGGCAAGUACCCUUGGAUCAGCGUUUGACACCAAACAUGGGCGUUCCGGAAAGCGAAAACAAGUUGUGCGAAAUGAAGCUAACCAUGCCAGCAAACAUGAAACCUGUUUUUGGCAAAAACUUGGACUCAUUUUUCACAACAAGUAUUGCGUCUGCGGAAGAAUCUAAAGUCGAAAUGUUGCAGAAAUUACGCGAUGUCAAUAUGGCUGCGGUUGAAAUGGCAACUAGUAUGAAGCAUGGAGAUGACCACUUGGCCCCAUUGAUGAAUGGCACCGUCGCGGAAACUUCCACAGGGGUUAUUGGAAAUGGCACAACUUCAGCUAACGAUCUGAACUCAUGCGGACAGUUGGUGAACGGUGAAGCAUUAUACCAAAUAAUUCCCAUUAAUAAGGUUGCUCAUUAUGUAACAGAUGAAGAUGACAAUAUUAUUCAAUUGGUGGUUUCACAUGAUGAUCUUACCAUGUCCAGCGAAAACCUAGAAAUAGCUGCAACUAACACGACCCAAGACGCGGAAUCAUCUAUUGAACAACUGCACUGAAGAUGGGAAUGAAGAUCCCAUUAUGAAACCGGUUGGAUAGAGAGCACAGUAUCUCAAGAAUACACGUUUGGAAGUAACGUAAGAAACUUCAAGUUGAAUGAACCCAAUGCCGUAUGAUUGAGUUCUAAUCGAAUCAAGGCGAUUGAAUUCGAGCAAGGCAAUCAAAGAGCUGUGCUGGACAGCACGAGAAAGGGACAUUUAUCAUUUGUGUCGCUGAUGCGAACUCUUCCAAACGUUAUCGCCUCUAGGUUGCGAGGAAAAAACAUUACACUAACUACACAGUAAAAAAAAAUCUUAGUAAUAUUACAUCUUGGAAUGAGUACAUCAUUAGAUAGUUGGUGCGCGGACCAGGAUCCCUCGCCUGGACCAGACCAAAAUCUAUGAUAAAGCUGUCAGACCAAAUCUGUCAAACCAAGACCCUCAGACCAAAGAGUAAGAGUCUUUGACGUAGGUGCACACAAAUCGAGAAAAGGCAUUUUUUUAAGAAUUUUAUUUUUUCGAUUCAAUAACUGGUUUUGAGCUGCAAAGUUAAAUAUUCGCCAGAAAAUGAUUAAAUAGUGCGGCGUCCUGUACACCGACAAUUAAAUACGCAGAUAAGAGCCUUAUUUUUGAUCACGUUUUCGGAUUACACCAGAACAAUCUUGAUUGAAAACCAGUUUGAUAUUAUUUUUGUAAUUGCAAGUUUUUUGCAUUGCGUAUGCGAUUUAGACAUUCUCAGAGGUAAAAUCAAACCUCUGCCAUAAAAGAUGUAUUCAUUCACCAUGACUUUUGUUUUACUGUGUAUAGUUUAGUUCUAUUGUUUAUGUAAUUAUUUUUAUCCUAAGAAUAAAACCUAUGUUAUCCCAAAAA